AUGGAUCAAUUUUAUGAUGAUUAUUAACCAACUACAAAUAAUAAAGAUGUAGAAUCAAUAAUUAAAACUAGAUUAAAAUCUAUCGUAAUGGCAAUUCUAAUUUAUGUUGUACCUUAACAAUAAGAGAUAAUACUAAAUUUAGUGAAAUACGUAAAUCUUUACAAUAAAAAUGGGACACUUAGUUUAAUAGAUUAAGAUUAUUCAAUUAAGAAGGAGUAGAAAUAACUGAAGAUGAUUUAGAUUAUAUAAAAAAUGGAACUGUUUUAUUUGCAUCAAAAGGUAGUAGUCAAUGUAUAAGUUAUUUAAAGGUGAAGAAUUUGAUGAAAGUUUUCAAUUAGCAGAAUAUGAAUAAUUGUAAGAUAUAGGAGAAGGUGGUUUUGGAAAAGUAGUACUUGGAAGACACAAAUAAACAGGUGAAAAAGUAGCUAUUAAAAUGGUUAAGUAAAUGAUGACAAAUGCUUAAGUAUAAAUUUAUUAAAAAUGAGGAUGUUGAUAUGAUAUUUAGAGAAGCAAGAGCAUUAAAAUCUUUAAAACAUGACAAUAUUGUUAAGAUUUACAAUGCCUUCUUUUUACAGAAUUUAUAAACUGUUUAUAUAAUGGAAUAUUUAGAGGGAGGUGAAUUACUUUAGUAUUUAUAAACAAAAGGAAGAUUUGAAGAAAAUGAGGCUAGACAUUAUUUUAAAUAACUAGUCAGUGCAAUUGCAUAUUGUCAUCAGAAGAAGAUAAUACAUAGAGAUUUAAAAUUAGAAAACUUAUUGUUGACAAGCAAAGAAUCUGGCAUAGUCAAAUGUAUAGACUUUGGUAUAUCUGGUUUUGCAUCUAAUGAUAAUCCAGAAAAUGCAGAUGCAGGUAGUCUAAGAUAUAUGGCUCCUGAAUUACUUAAAGGUAUUUUUUCAUACUACUAAUACAUGUAGGAAUGGAUAAAGCAGUCUCUCCUUUAGUGGAUGUAUGGUCUAUGGGUAUAAUAUUAUAUGGAAUGUUAUUUGGUACAUUACCAUUUACUGGUAAUACUAAUAAAGAGAUUAUCGCUUAAAUUUCUGAUGGGAGAGUAAACAUUCCUCCUGAAUACAAUAAUAAGCUAUCUUAAAAUUGUUUAGAUUGUUUAUAUCGUGCUUUAGAACCAGAACCAAAAAAAAGAAUUACUUCAAUUGAACUCUUAAAUCAUCCUUUUGUUACUAAUGAGAAUACGUUAAAUACUACUACAAAUAAGUAAUUAUUUUAUAUAUUAAAAUUAGACCUAAAAUCUAAACUUAACUUUAAUAGGUUGAUGAAGGUGAAAAUUAAGCAAUGUAACAAUAAUCAUAAUCAGCAACCAAUAAAAAAUAAAAUGUUCAGUUUUCUAAAUAAUUUGCAAAGUAGCAUCCAUAAUCUACUAGAUAAUUAAUGUAAACAUAAAAGAAACCUCCCUAAUAAUCACCAUUAUUAAUAAAAUAAACUUAAUCAAUUGGAUCAACUGUAAAAUAAACAAAAUUCAGUAAAAAGUGA